UAAUUUAAGUUAUAACAACUGUCUACCUCGGCUGAUCUUGAAACAUAAAGAAUCAUCCGUAAUCAAUGCCCUACAUAUUGAUAAGAGGCAAUUUAGCUUCGUAUGGCCACAAAAAUCCCUGGCGUGUUUUGGUAUCUGGCCUGAAAGCCGAAGAUAUAGAUCAGUUAAAACGAUUUGCUUGUGGGGGAUAUAGCGACAAUUCCACUAUUGUUUAUCUACAACAUCCUUGCGUAAUACUCAGUGCUUUAGAGGUAUUAGGAUACAAAGUAGUGGCUUCAAGUUCAACUGCUGUAAAGCAAGACUAUAAUGAAUAUAUGUGGACUAUGAGAAAGGAAUUUUCUGAGCCAGAACCAUCUAUAAUUGUUGAGCAAGAUAACAUCACAAAUUUUAGCAAAGAGGCUAUGCACUUUCAUCAUUCUAAUAAGGACGACGAAGUGUAAUAACAGUUAUUGAAAAUGGAUACUAAAGGCAGUCAAAAUGUAUCAGGCACUAAUUUACCAAACAUUCCAAUGUCUGAAGAUGGAGUAGUAUACAUUGCUGUCAAAGGUUCCAUUCAUGCAAAUGAUUGCUCUGU